ACUACUCCCUCUCAUCGUUGCGCUGUCAGAAUGCGUGUUUCAGUUCCCCACAAUACUAACACUGAUUUUUCUCUUCGCAACUCCCAACAAGCUUUCACUCUCUCAAUGGAUUUAAUGCCUGGAGGUGUUAAUUCACCAGUUCGUGCCUUCAAAUCAGUUGGGGGGCAACCAAUUAUGAUUGAUUCUGUUAAGGGAUCUCGCAUGUGGGACAUUGAUGGCAACGAAUACAUUGAUUACGUGGGUUCUUGGGGGCCAGCUAUAAUCGGUCAUGCACAUCAUAAGGUACUUGCUGCCCUGGCUGAAACCAUGAAAAAAGGAACAAGCUUUGGGGCACCUUGUCUGCUUGAAAACACUUUAGCUGAAAUGGUCAUCUCUGCAGUUCCCAGCAUAGAAAUGGUUCGAUUUGUAAAUUCAGGCACAGAAGCAUGCAUGGGGGCACUCCGUCUGGCGCGUGCUUUUACAGGGAAGCAGAAGAUCAUCAAGUUUGAGGGCUGUUACCAUGGCCAUAGUGAUGCCUUUCUUGUCGAGGCAGGCAGUGGAGUUGUCACUUUGGGACUUCCUGAUUCUCCUGGUGUUCCUAAAUCAGUUACUUCUGACACCCUCUCAGCCCCCUACAAUGACAUUUUAGCUGUAGAGAAACUCUUUGAGAACCACAAAGGAGAGAUUGCAGCAGUUAUCCUUGAGCCUGCUGUAGGAAACUCUGGUUUCAUUGUUCCUAAAGUUGAAUUUCUUGAGGCCUUAUGCAAAAUUACUAAAGAGAACAAUGCUCUUCUCAUUUUUGAUGAAGUUAUGACUGGAUUCCGUUUGUCAUAUGGUGGAGCUCAAGAGUAUUUUGGCAUUGUUCCUGACUUGACAACUCUAGGAAAAAUAAUUGGUGGAGGUUUGCCAGUAGGUGCAUAUGGUGGGAGAAGGGAUAUUAUGGAGAUGGUGGCACCAGCAGGACCUGUGUAUCAAGCUGGAACAUUGAGUGGGAACCCCUUGGCUAUGGCUGCAGGCAUUGAAACUCUGAAGCUUAUUAAGGAACCAGGAACUUAUGAGUACUUGGAUCAUAUCACAGGAGAACUUGUUGAAGGGAUUCUUCAAGUUGGGAAGAGUGCUGGACAUUCUAUGUGUGGAGGCCAUAUAGGUGGGAUGUUUGGUUUUUUCUUCACACAAGGUCCUGUUUGCAAUUUUGAUGAUGCUAAAAAGAGUGACUUGGCCAAGUUUGGUAAGUUCUACUGGGGAAUGUUGGAGCAAGGAGUAUAUUUUGCACCUUCACAAUUUGAGGCUGGCUUUACCAGCUUGGCACAUACUUUUGAAGACAUCAAAUCCACAAUAGCGGCUGCUGAGAGGGUUUUGCGCCAGAUAUGA